GCCAUGACUGGUCAUCGCCUGCUAUUUUUAGAGCAAAAGUGCUGCCAAGGUGUGGCCAAGGAAGUGUUUUAUUUGAUGAACGCAAGUAUUGAUAAACGAGUCUGUUAAGGAUACAUCAUUCGGCAUAGUUCGGGACAAAACUUCUCUAUCUGCACCAUUUAAACUCUUCGGCAACCUCAAGGAAUUUUGAACACCAAUUGACCAAGUCAUACUGCCGCCGCGGAAUCGAAAAGACGCUACAACAUGGAGACACUAGACAAAAUGGCGGUAAUGUUCCGUGCUUUGAUUAUCAGUAGCAAUCUUGAACGCUUCACGAUAAAAAAUUUGGAAGACGAUUUCAAGCUACUCGAGGGGUAUUCUAUUCCGUACGAGGCGUACGGCUUUCGCCAAUUAGAAGAUAUGCUACGCUAUUUGUGCCAUUAUGUACAGGUCCAUGGUCAUGGUGACUACGUGUACAUCACUCCAACCCCCACGCUCAAUGGCUAUGAUGAUUGAUGCCAACCGUAAUGAAGAUGUUACUGCACGAGCAGUAUUGUCGCGUGACGCCCCUGCAAGCAAGUGCCCACGAAGGAAAGACCUCCGAGCUCGCCUGGUCACCAGCGACCCAAAAAGGAGCAUGAAUCUCUGCCCGAGGCCAUGGUCUCAAUCUCCGACUCUAUUACCUUCCGGCUAGUGUGCUUCUCGCUUUCGGAAGCCUAUUCAAAGGAGGGGAGAGUGGAUCUUUCGACCUUUCUUUCAGCGCGUAGAGUUAUCACAAUUGUACAGGCUUAGGGAUCUUAGAAAAAAAAUGAUGGAAAUAAAAAGCUUGAAAG